GAGGAAUAGAAGGAAGGGAAAAGGAGAAAGAUUAGUAAAUGUUGAGGAAGAAGGAAGAAUGAGAAGGAGGAAGUAAGGAUCGAAAGCUCUCCUCGUGGCAACUCAGUACAGGGAGAAGGAUAUGAAGGAGGCCGUGACAGUGUGCCGUAGGAUCCUCAGUGGUCCCUUUGUUUGUCCUGACGGCUCUCUUCCUCCCCGUUAUGGCGUCCACUAAGGACUACACUUUACUGGCGGUUGUGUUGAUGUUGUCCCUCUGUGCUGGAUCGGGACGUGGACUGGUUGGCGAGGGAGAACCAGAGGAAGGAACCAUAUACAUCGUCUCCGUAGUGAGUGAUCCUGCAGCAGCCGAGGAGCGUAACGGAGCACAGAAACCGAAAGUGAAUGGUGCAACAGGUCCCCCCUCCUCCUCUUCCCACCCUGCCGCCGCCUCGGGCCUGGGAGAGCUGGUGCAGAGAAGGAUACUCCUCUCCCAUGCCCUGAACCGGUCUAAAGAUGCACCCAUAGACGGGGACGAAGAGGAGAGAGUGAGGGAAGGCUUGGCAGAUCUGGUGCGGAAGAUGACACUGUUCUCCCUUUCAUUAAACACGUCCAGAAGUGAACCUUUGAACGGCAAGAGCAGCGGCGGCGAGCAGAGAGUGUCCGAGGGCCUGGCGGAUCUGGUGAAGAGGAUGGUGCUGUUCUCUCACGCUCUGAAUAUGUCCAUGGAUGAACCUAAGGGCGUCAACGGCGAGAAGGUGAAGGAGGGCCUGACAGAUCUUGUGGAUAGAAUGAUACUCUUCUCUUACGACCUGAACAUGCCUAGCGCUGUAGCAGAGGACGCCGACGUGGACCAGAGAACGAAGGGCUUGGCAGAUUUGGUGGAUAGGAUGAUACUGUUCUCCUACGCCCUAAACCGAUCUAGCAAUGGAUCUACUGAAGGAGGCGGUGACGGCGGCCAAGAGAGAGUGAGCGAGGGCCUGAAUGAUCUUGUGGAUAGGAUAAUACUGUUCUCCUACGCCCUAAACCGAUCUACCAAUGGAUCUACUGAAGGAGGCGGUGACGGCGAAGAAGAGAGAGCGAGGGAGGGCCUGGGGGAGCUAGUGCAGAGAAUGUUACUUUUCUCCCAUGCUCUGAAGAUGUCAAACCAUGAACACAAGAUCGAUGGUGGCGGUGGCGGCGAGAAGCAGCGGGUGGACGAAGGCCUGGCGGAGUUGGGUGAGGCGCUGACGGGUGACCACAUGCAGCUCCUGGGGCCCCCAGCUGACACACCCGAUAUCGAGCACCGCGAACAGCCCUGCCUCCCGCCCUUCGAAAUGAUCGCCUACCGCAUGUGCAUCCUACAGGAGAUGGUGCUCAAGCUCUCAUGGGGGGACGCUCAGGAGUUCUGCAGGGAGCGCGGAGGGAUGCUUGCCGAGGACAUGGUGGUUAUCAAGACGCGGAGGUUUCUGAAUGACCUGUACGGCGAGGAGGGCGCUCGGUCACGGUGGCCGGUGUGGGUCGGGGGACGCAGAGCAGGGCAGACUUGGGUGUGGGGAGGAGGUCAACGGGUGCCAGAGUUCCUGUGGGCACCCGGCGAGCCUCGUAAGUUUAGCAGCCACUUGUCCCCCGAAGGUCAAUGCAUGAUGCUGGACGGCUAUCGGCGCUUCUACGGGGCCAGCCUGCCGUGUUACCUGCGGCGGCGGUUCGUCUGUCAGCUGAAUGUCUGAAGGUGUGGCGGUGAGGACCUGCAUCCACCUCCACCAUGAUAAAAGAAUUCUGGUCCAAUGUAAGGUUGACUCAGUGUUUCUUAUGGAAUUUCUAGUCUUCCUUUGUUGAUAGUAGUACUGGUGGAAUAUAUAAUACAUAAUGCUUAUAUUGAGACUGAUACAUUGAAGCUGUGAGGAUAUUAAGUUUAUGGCACUGGAUAUAUUAAUCUUGCAUGCCAGUAGAAGCAGAUAGUACAUUCAUCCUCCCUUAAAGGAGUGAAAUCUUAGAUGCUGCUUUUGGUCAACAGUUCGUCAUGGGAUGGGUACGGAUACUGAAAGUCAAGGGGUAAAUAAAUGUUUUAAUUUACAAUGACUGGAUAUCUACUCCUAAUAAAAUCAAUAUAAAGCUAA